AUGGUAGCCAGCGUUGUUUGCCUUGCCAUACUUGAAAAUGGCCAAAGGAAAAAGUUGACGCUGCAGUCAGGCCUUCAAGAUGAGUUGCUCACGGAGCUGUCAUCAAUUACAAGCAUCACUGACAGCACGUUGCUUCAGAUAUACGAUGACGAGCUAGAAGACUUUGUGGACCUCGAGCCGGGCACGCCUGUCCAUAACAAGGCGAAAAUCAAGCUCGCAAGGAAGUUGGUUCGACAAGCAGAUGACAACCUUCGGGAGCACCUGCGGGCACAUGCUGGUGAGGUGACACAGCAGAAGUACAAGUGCGACCACUGUGGCAAACCCUUCUACAGCAUCUGGCUGCUCAAGAUCCACAUCCGCGUGCACACCAGCGAGCGGCCGUUCCCCUGCGACUUCUGCAACAAAGGCUUCCCGUCGGUCAAGGCGCUCAAGAAGCACCGGCGCAUGCACAGGGUGGAGAAGCCGUUCGCCUGCGCCGAGUGCGGCAUGCGAUUUUCACUCAAGGGGACGCUCAACCGCCACACGUGCAUCCACACGGGAAUCGGACAGCACAAGUGUUCGUACUGCGGCAAGGAGUUCAUCCAGGGUGGCGGACUCAAGGCGCACCUGUUCCAUCACACGGGCAUGAACGGCUUCAAGUGCACCGCCUGUGACAAGGAAGGGGAAAAUGAAGAGUCUGCUCAAGUCAAUGGUGGCUCCCCUGAGAAGGAAAAUGAAGCAGAAGUGGGCGAGAACAGCCCAGUGAAGAACGUCCAAGCAGUAACAGACGUCAUCAAGGCUGCCAAAGCCGAAGAGCGUCUGCAGCAGCUGAAGCGUCGAAAGCGGGGGUCGCCUCCGGACGACACCAUUGAGAAGGACCUGGACUGCCCUGUCUGUGGCAAGCAAUUCACCAAAAAGUACUACUUGCAGCGCCACCUCCAAAUGACCGUCUGCUCGGGCAAGCCCCCGCCCUCUCACCCCUGCGAAGUGUGCGGAAAGGUCUACUCCCGCAAGGACAACCUUCGGGAGCACCUGCGGGCACAUGCCGGUGAAGUGACGCGGCGGAAGAAGUACAUGUGCGACCACUGCGGCAAGACCUUCCAUGGCAUGUCGCUGCUCAAGAUCCACAUCCGCGUGCACACCGGCGAGCGGCCAUUCUCCUGCGACUUCUGCAGCAAGGGUUUCCCGUCGGUCACGGCGCUCAACAAGCACCGGCGUAUUCACACGGGAGAGAAGCCGUACGCCUGCUCCGAGUGCGGCAUGCGAUUUUCACUCAAGGGGACGCUCAACCGCCACACACGCGUCCACACGGGAAUCCGACCGCACAAGUGUCCAUACUGCGGCAAGGAGUUCAUCCAGGGUGGCGGACUCAAGGCGCACCUGUUCCAUCACACGGGCAUGAACGGCUUCAAGUGCACCGCCUGUGACAAGGUUUUCAACCGCAAGGCUCGGCUAGACCUGCACAUGAAGUACCUGCACCUAAAGGAAAAGCCACACGUCUGCGAGGACUGUGGCAAGGGUUUCACGCGGCUCGAGGACCUGAACCGUCACUUAGUCCUGCACACGGGUGAGAAGCCAUUCCAGUGCCCAACGUGCCACAAGCGCUUUGCCAUCAAGCCCUCGCUCAAGAUCCACAUGGUGACCCACACCAAGGAAGAGCCCCGGUCGUGCCACGAGUGCGGCCGCGCCUUCAUUCGCAAGGAUUGCCUCAUGCGACACAUGCGCAAGCGCCACCGCGACCUGCUCAACCGCAUCCUGCUCGACGAGGAGGACGACCGCAUCGCCCCGACCCCCGUCGCCACUCCGGGAGGCACGGCCAACACGGAUAGUGGCAUCAAGCUGGGUGCCCAGGCAGGCACUGUGGCCCGGAUCCUGUCGGAACAGGCUCUUUGCGAGAGCAUUCGCGAGCUGCUGGGCCUGCUCGUUGAUGAGCCAACGUUGAAGGGCUUUGGAUACCCGGACAAGCCCGUGGAUGAACUGCUCGAAGCGGUCAUCCGUCGCUGCGGCCACAGCCCGGCUAGUCCCGACAACUACAACUAUGUGGACCGGCUGCGUGAGAACUCCAAGCUGCUCUUCACAGUGGUCAUUGACGACAGUGCUGUCAAGACUCUGCUCAAUAACCAGACUGUCGACGAGGUCAUUCUACACGUGUUGCGUCUCGCAAAGUCCUAGCUUCUCAUUGUCGUCCUUCCCCCAUCUCGUUUCGACUAACUGAGGGUGCACAGAAGCAAACGAUUUGUCUUCUAAUUGUAGUAGGGUGGCACUCACAUGGGUUGUGCGGGCUGAGCUUGUUUGAUUUCCACGUGCUAUCAUAACGGAAGGGACCACAAUAUGUUAAUGCUGUGCAACAUUACUAUUUAGCUGACUCCUACUGCAGACAGUAGCAGUCAGUUAAAUACGUUCUUGGUAGUGAAAGCCCUUGGAACCUGGAAAAGCAUAAUGUCAGCGGUCUUGUUACGCGUUGUUGCAAACACAUUUCGUGGUUCUGAAGAUUUUCAAGGGACUGCGCACUUGUAGCUUAACAGAAUAGCUUUUCCUGCUUUCACAUAAAUACGCAUGACCAGUGUUGUCAGUCCUGCAUCUAGUCGUAAACACAUCUUAUGCCUGUUUAUUGGCUCAGUAAAUGACAAUAGUUCUUGAAGCAAAAAAAAAAAAAGAUAGACAGAUAAAGAACAGGAACAAUGCCUGGAAACAGGUUAGGCCUGGCAUAAGCUUUUUUUUUUUUUUUCUGAACUGUAAAGUGGAAGUUUCUGGCUGCUGGCAUAACUGACUUGGUGAGUGCCCAUAAGGUCGUGAAGUCACGAGAAAGCCGUCGUCAGAAGGUAAACGUUGAUGUCAAGUUGAACAGAAAGCUCGUAGCACACACUACGGUGCGACAAAGCACAUCUGCUUUUUUGCACCCUCACUUAACCUCUCCUGUGCUUUGCACACCAUGUAUUCUUUGUCUUCACUCUGUAUCAUUUUUUUUUUUUAUUAUUGCAUCGCACAAUGCCCAUGCUUAGCUGGGCAUGAACAGAGCAGCAGGCAGUUGGAAAUGUGCUGGGUUUUGUCGUAAGUCCUGUAGGUGCGUUUGUGUAUUCCAGGGGGAGGGAGAAUCCGGUCUACCAACAUGAAGAUUGUCACGAUCAUGGGCACGCACAAUCUACACCGGCCUGGUAGCCCAAAUCGUACGAAAAGAACUAACUGCAUUCUCUCCCAUUCGAUGUUUUUGACUCUUGUGGCACAUUCCCAGACCUGUAGCAGAAGUUGUAGGAGAGGGUUACUGGCGAAAGCAAGGCGUCUCCUAGUCUGUUGGUUUUCUGGCCACUUUGCAAGAGGAGCGCGAGUUACAUGAUGCACUCUGUGUGUGUUUUAAGUGUUUGUAGCAGUUUUGUUGUAAGGCAACUUUUGCACAACAUUAAGUGUGAGAACAUCGGCCCACAUAGUGUGAGGGCUCUAUGUGAUGGUUUCUUUUUUGGCAGUGUAGGGAAAGCCCGACUUGACAGGUAAUGUGAGGUGCCAGCCACUGAGACAUGGAAUAUUAAUCCAAGAAGAAAGUGCUAGAUGUGCCCGUGUUAGUGAAAUUAAGAUGCCCAAACUUAUGCCUUACCGUUACGGUGCUUCAGUGUUUGUCAUGUUUUUCCUCAUUCAGACUUUUUUUUUCACAUGCGAGGUAGUGAAAGUUGUAAAAGGAAGUCAUUCAUUGUGUUUCCAUGCCACAAUUGUAGUAGAGUGCAUUUUAGCGUUCCUUCCUAAAGGCAGGAAGUGGGGAGGGGGGUGCAGUGCGUAGCACUUGUCUUUCCUUGAAGUCGUGAGAUUAACGGCAUCUUUUCCUUUUGGUAAUGGCUAACAUUGAAACUGGAGUAGGGUCACAGCUAGUAGAGGAAGCUAAUAAAAAUUUGGAGAUUUAAGAUUGCUGGUAAUGUUCUAGACAGCUUUUGUCCUUGAUGACUACAAGCAUAUCGCUUUCAGUCUAGCCAAAUAUCACGUGCUCAAGGAAAAGCAGGCCUGCUUAUUUCUAGGGCAAAGCACUGCUUGAAGACUGGAAGCUGAGCAUUGCACAGCAUGACUCAAAGCAGCGAACAAGUAAACCUAAAUAAAACAAUUAACUACUACUAGUGCAAAAAAAAAAUGACAUAAAACAAGCAAAAUUUUUCUAUUAUGUAUGCUACCAAUUUCUGGUUCAAAGUGUAGUUGUUUAAUGGAGUCUUACAAUAGCUUCAGUAAUUUACUAAUUUAGCUUUAUGCAAGGCCUGCUCUUCAUAUUGGAGGUUAGUGCAAAAAGAACAUAGAAACCUGCAGAGGCCAGUAUUUGACCCUAAGUAGCUUUAACGUUCUUUUUUCAACUUCGAAGGGGAAAAGUAGCCGGUGCUACACCGACCACAUACAUCUGCUGAUAAAAUAUUCACCUGCUGAUAAAAUAUUCACCUGCAGGUUCUCAUGCGAAAUUUAAGUUGCUGUGCGCACUUGAAUACUAAUGAAGUCUUGCAGACAAGGAGCAGUGUUUACUCCUAUAUGAAGUUCAAGAUUAAAGUUACUUGUUAGAUUGUAUUUCGAAAUUCUUGAGGCUUUCACUGUUUUAUCGCACUCUUAUGAUUGGUGCAGCAGCAGCCAUUAUUGCCUUUGCAUCUCAUGCCUGUCAUACAGUAUGAUCCACUUGUAGUUUAAGAAAUGAGCCACGAAAACUGUAAUAUUUCUGAAAUGUCUAAAAAAUAUGGCUGGUGUGACAUUAGAAAGUUGUGUAUGUGUAAAAAUGUAAUGCACAGGCCUUCGUGUCAGAUACCAGCUGUGGUUAGUUGUGCAAUUUUGACUACCGUAUUUACUCGCAUAAUGAUCGCACUCGCGUAAUGAUCACACCCCUAAAUUUUGUCGUCAAAAUUCGAUUUUUUUUAUUUCCCGCGUAAUGAUCGCACCCCGAACUUGCCGCAGCGAUAUGUCGUGUGCUAAUUCUAGCUAAUAAUGAUCGCGCUUACCAUCUGUCGAAUGCUAUGCGAACGACUCUUCAAGACAAGCCAAGCGGCCUGCACGCACCAAACAUUCUUAAGUAGAUGCCUCAUUUCAUUACUUUCAUCACUUUCCGCACUUCCAUGACAAAAUGAGGUACAACCAAAAUCGCCUUUAUUAUGGGUUGGCUUUAUAAUGGUUGAUGUCAACAAAAACAAUAAAGGCGCAUUUCGAUUCUUUUCAUCUGCUUUUGCACUCGUGAGCACGCAACAAAUCGCGCGCGGCAAUGAUAGUAGCCACGUUUACUCUGAUACGUUAAAAGUGUACCCUAUUCAUAUGCCGACGCUUGUAACACAGCUAAGAUAUUCGCCCACCCUUAGCGGAAACGUGCCGUAUUAGGAUAGUAGUGAAGACAGAUGCCGCAGUUUCCGCAGCACGUCGGCCAUGCAUUUCUGUGUCACUGGCAGUUAAGCGCGCCCACCUGAUUCUGUCCCCUCCAAGUGGACAUGGCUACAUUACUGCCGCAAACUUGCCGAUAUUAACGAUAUUAUUCAUCACUGAUACGGAAGAAACUGUUUCAAUACACGUAAUGUACUCACGAGAAGAAAAAAAAAAUUGCGUUCGGCGCGUUCGGCUUGCUCCGCCGGCCGCCAUUUUUGUUUUGGUGUCCCGCACCCGCAAUCUCGCAUCCCGCAGCAAACGCGAGGCGAAAAAAAAAUUUUUUUCUUUUCCGCAGGAAAUUUAACCCGCGUAAUGAUCGCACCCCUGAAUUUGCGUCAAUUUUUCUGACAAAAAAAAGUGCGAUCAUUAUGUGAGUAAAUACGGUAGGUGGUCUGCUUAAAGGGCCCCUCACCAGGCCCCAUAUCAAAUUCUGGUUAUAUGCUGGAAGUUAUUACGUGUCCUCUAGGGAGCGUUCUGUCCAAAAAAUCUUUCACAUCGGCUCGUUAAUAGCCAAGAUAGAAAUAGUUCAGUGCCGCAAAACCAUGAUUUCAGCAGGCAGGCUUCACUGCCAAACAAGACGCUCUCUCCACUCGCCCCAUCUAGCCUUCCCUGCAUUCUCCAAUACCGGACCUCGAGGAUCGCGUCUUCAGGCCCCGCCUUCAUUUUUUCUCCUCGCUUUUUUCCCUGGGCUACACAUGUCUGCUGACCGCGCCCCGCGUGAGUUGUUGUCUUGUUCGCGCAGCGCACGAUUUUGUGCGCUGUGUGCAAGGACACAUGACUAGCGGUAUAACUCAGAGCAACACAAAUACUGAGGCAGAACAAGCAGAUCGCAGAGCAUGAUCAAGCGCUGGAACACGGUAGAAAAUAGCAUAGUUUCAGUGCCUGCGUAUGUGACCACAUGACCGUGGGAACAAGCAGACGAAGCAGAAGUACAUCUCUCUCGCUUCUGUGCGAAGUAAAACAAAAAAUUCGCAGACAUUCCGUUUGCGUGUUUUAUUAUUUCUCUAAACUUCAAUUCGUCAAUUCAAGCAACAGAUCGCACAGAUAACGCACGUUGUCUUCAAUAAUUCUCGAAUCACGUGUCGCCACAAGUGACAUCACACUGCAGACACGAUUAUGUAGGCGCAGGGACACUAUUACGUCACUGUCCGGCUUGGAGUGUGGCGGCAGCGAGUGAAGAGGGAAACAGCAUUUGGAUUGUAAUUUCAGACGUAGCAAUGUAAUACUAUGCAGACACAAUUGUUGUCGCGCAAUGUACGCUAUGCCCUUGUCAGCACAAUAUGGCCAGACCUGGUGUGGGGCCCUUUAAGAGGACAAUACUGUGAGACGAUUUGGCUCGAAGCGGUGGCCAAACUUUCACAGCCUGUGUUCUGUGAUUGCUGACAGCAAACAGAGUAUGAAAUAGAAAAGUUGUCAGCAGCUCCUAGCAGGUCAAGCACUAAAACAAGUGCUGUAGGUUUUGGCUCAUAUCCUAAUUGUUGAGACUUCUGUAACAUGCAUACAUUCUUUUACAGUGUUGAAAUGACAUGUGGUUAUCAUCUAAUCACUGAUAAGUGUUGAGUGGUGCUUCACAGCUAACAUCCUCUGCUGAAAAUAACUGCUGCAGACUGGGAGCGCUGUUCAUACGAGAGUUUUCUUGAGCAUAUUAACACUAUGAAUAUUGAUUUCAGGGCGAGGAAAAGUUCAACGUAGAUAGAUGCUUUGUACCAUUUGAGCAGCACGUUUCCAUUGUAUCCAUAUUGCUAAUAUUUAGUUGUUUUUCAUUUUUUCCCAUUACUGCCUCAUGUUUUUAUCAGCUUCUGGAAGGCACUCGACAGUACCUUUCAUCUGAUGCGACAAACUUGUGAUUAGCAGUUAGUUGUGUUGAUCAUUGUUAAAGAUUUUAUAUACACUACAUUGUUGUCGGGCAGCACGAGAUGCGCAUCGGUAUUUUUAAGCUAAAAAAGAUGUUACGAUGGGCUUUUGCCCAUCUUGUACAGUCAACCCCUAGAUGGCUCCAACUGACACUGUCCAUCAGUGUUUACGAAACGGAAUAUCAGUGGGUCUCUUCAGGGGACGCACCAGCCUCUGCAUUUGUCCAAUGUUGCCACACAUAGCCUUAUAUAAAGCAUCACACAAAAGCAUUAAGAAGUCAGACCGUGCCUUAUUUUCUGUCUGCUGUGUAAGAGGAAGCUUCGGCUGAGGUCCGACUAUGACUUUCGCGCUGAAUUGCAAGAGAAGUGAAAUAAAUACUUUCAUUGGGAAAUGAAGUCAAAUUCCAGUGACUAUAGAUGUAUGCAGAAUGCCACAAAAAUUUGGGAAACUUUAGUUUUGAAUGAAACAGCAGGUUCUUAAAGUUCUGUAACUGCAAUACAUGCUGGUACCACAGCUGAUGGUGUUUAGAGCAGAUUACAUCAUUUUAUACUACUCUGUGCAUGCACUUGUGUCUGUCAACGAGCAUUUUCAGGAAAACUUUGAAUUAUGGGAUAUAGUGAAGUCUAAAGCCACGCACAAUGUGUUAGCUGCUCGACGUUGAUGCUGUAGCAGGCACGGCAUGGAAAAUUGCUAUAUGCAUUGUUGUGAGGCCACACAGUUGUGGACUCGGCAUUUCAGAUCUUCAUCCAUUAAAUAAUCAAUGGUGCGAAUAACAGCUUGGCUCUAACCAGUCACUGGAGCUUAAGUUCCUCAAUCAUAUGCGACAAAGUUCAUUAUUGAGACCAUUUAAGGGUUCACAUACUUUCUGGGUUUCCCAUUGAAUGCAGUAGAAACUUGUUAAAUGGCACCUCCAGGUACCGAAGAGACGUGUUCCGAUAAACGCGAGUUCCGUUUACCGAGAUAGAUGUGAAGCCCUUUGUCGUAUGCCCUCUUAAUGCUGUUGUCAGAAAUGUUGAGUAUUAGAAGCAAAUGUGGCAGCUGGCUAAAAAAAAUCAGAAAAUGACAAGGUGUAUUGCAUUCAAAAUUUUAUGCUGCCACUUUCUAAGAGUAACUUUCUUCACAGAAGAUAGAUGUUGCAAAAACAUUUCAGAGUUCUCCUUGGAAAAAAAGUCUUUUAGAUACUGAUCCUGUGGUUCUGAUUAUAGGGAGUUGUAUACAUUUUGGUUCUUUAAGGAAAGUGUUUUUAAAUUGUUUAAAUAUGUAGCCAACUAAUUAAGAGCAUGCUUCUCCAUUUAACCAGCAAUUCUGUGUAGGUAGUUUUCAUUUACCAAGAUUCUACCAUACUUGAAUGGUGAAAUUUGUAGUUUGGCUUGAUGCUUGGGGCUUCCUCGUAAACUGUUACUCAUGAGCAGCCUUGGGUGGUCAGUUGUCAUCUGUGUGUUCUUGCACUUGGGUCGGCCUACAACAGGCAAGCGCCGGCAAAUUUUACAUUCCACCAUUAGCCCUUUGGGUGCCCUUUGAACGUUUUAGACAGCAACUGUUUUAACCUUCUGCCCCAAGCCGUUGUCUGAAUGGUACUAAUGCGCUCAGAAUGGAUCGUAGAACAUCUAUGAUGUUUCCCAGCAAGUUAGUUGGCUAUGCGUUCUUCGUUCUACCAAGACCUUAGAAAAAGUGCCUUGCAAAUUGUUUCACAGUGCCCUUGUCUGCUUGUGCUCACAGCUAGAUUCACGUCAUAACAAAGGAGAGAAGUAAGCCAUCAUUUUCCUUUGCAUUUUCAUGAUUUAAUUCUGCACUUUUUUCUCUCUCUCUUACUUUCUUGUGGACUUGUUCACCGAGCGUUGCGAGCAGUUCUGCAUUGUCUGAUUAAAAGUUACGAUGUAUAUAGUUGAUCAGAAAUGGUGUCAAGAAGUCAUUUUGUGCCUUAUUACAAGAUACGAUGGAUUUCGUGUGUCUGUUUUAAUACUGAUUUCCAAGCAGUAAUACUUGCACGAGCUUUUUCAUAUUUCAUUGUCUAUAUUGGUCCUGUCAUUGUGUGUGCUUCUCACAUUGCUUUUUCCUCCUUUUUUCCUACCCUUGUACCAGUUUUACAUUAAUUGCAAACAGGAGCAAUUUUUUUUUUCUGUGCACAUCAUUCAUUUUUUGCUGUAUGGAAAUAUAUGAAGAGCAAAUUACUGUACUUGUCCUCGUGUGGCCCCUUGGUUUAACUGACACAUAAAAGGGGUGGAAGUA